ACAUCUUGGCAUUCGUUGAGUAAUUCCGUCUGGCACGGAGGUGGUGAGAGGGUUAAAUUUAAAUUAGCUUGUCGAGCCUCUCUGCUUCCACUUGUGCUAGUCCAGCCCAUUGAGACACCAGCCAAUGUCAUUGACGCACCGACUUUUCGUUGUGUGAGCUAGCAUCGCUAACGUAAUAGCCACAUUUUGCGUCCUCCUCUCAGCCUGCAUCAUCUGUCGCCCAACGCCUGGAGCUUUCACUCUGCUCCUCGACUCGUACCCCGUGUGUAGCUCCAAAACAUGGCGGCCCUCAGAGCUCUGUGCGGAGCGGAGAACGUAUUCUUCAAACACCUCUCAGGUCCCAGCAGAGCCAAAUUAAACUUCGCUUAUCUCCACUUGAGCAAGACUUGCACCUGUCACUUCUCUACCUCCAGCCAGAGAAGCUCAAAGUUCUACUCAGAUCCUGCAGAGGCAGUCAAAGAUAUCCCAAAUGGAUCUACCAUUCUGGUGGGAGGUUUUGGAUUAUGUGGUAUCCCAGAGAAUCUUAUCAAUGGUUUGCUGAAAUCUGGCGUGAAGGGUCUCACUGCAGUCAGCAACAAUGCAGGAGUGGAUAACUUUGGCCUGGGCCUGCUGCUCCAGACUAAGCAGAUCAAGAGGAUGAUCUCUUCAUAUGUCGGGGAGAAUGCUGAGUUUGAGCAACAGUAUCUGACAGGGGAGUUGGAAGUUGAACUGACGCCACAGGGUACUCUUGCAGAGAGGAUCAGGGCUGGGGGUGCUGGGAUUCCAGCCUUCUUCACAGCCACCGGCUAUGGCACACUGAUCCAAGAGGGAGGCUCUCCUAUUAAAUACAACAAAGAUGGCAGCAUUGCUAUUGCCAGUGAGCAGAGAGAGGUAAAGGAGUUCAACGGCAGGCACUACAUCAUGGAAAAGGCCAUCACUGGAGACUUCGCGUUGAUCAAGGCAUGGAAAGCUGACAAGGCUGGAAACAUUGUUUUCAGGAAAACAGCCAGAAACUUCAACCAACCUAUGUGCAAGGCAGCCAAAACCACUGUAGUUGAGGUGGAGGAGGUGGUGGAUGUUGGGACCUUUGCAGAAGAGGACAUCCACAUACCCAGCAUCUACGUCCACAGGGUUGUCCAGGGAGCUGGCUACGAAAAAAGGAUUGAGAAACGCACAGUAAGGAAAAGCCAAGAAGCUAAGCCCAAACCAAAGAAGGACUCGGAUAUUGUUCGGGAAAGGAUCAUUCGCCGGGCUGCUCUGGAGUUUGAGGAUGGGAUGUAUGCCAACCUUGGUAUUGGUAUCCCCAUGCUGGCCAGCAACUUCAUAAAACCAGAUAUCACUGUCCACCUCCAAAGUGAAAAUGGAAUUUUGGGACUGGGCCCGUACCCCACUGAGGAUGCAGUGGAUGCAGACCUGAUUAACGCUGGCAAGGAAACUGUCACUGUACUCCCUGGAGCUGCCUAUUUCUCCAGUGAUGAGUCAUUUGCCAUGAUCCGAGGGGGUCACAUCAACCUGACAAUGCUGGGAGCCAUGCAGGUGUCAAAACAUGGAGACCUAGCCAACUGGAUGAUCCCAGGUAAGAUGGUGAAGGGAAUGGGUGGAGCCAUGGAUUUGGUGGCUAGUGCUGGAACUAAGGUGGUGGUCACCAUGGAGCACUCAGCUAAGGGGGGAAAACACAAGAUAUUGGACAAAUGCAGCCUGCCUUUGACAGGGAAGCAGUGUGUGGAUCGAAUCAUCACAGAAAAGGCUGUGUUUGAUGUAGAUAAGACAAAAGGCCUGACUCUGAUCGAAGUGUGGGAGGGGCUCACUCCUGAGGAUAUCAAGGCAUGCACUGGCACAGAUUUUGCAGUGUCUCCCAACCUGAGGGCCAUGCAACAAAUCUAGAGGAUCUGAGAAAAACUCUUGACGUGUGGUAAACAGCUGGUGAUUUAGCAGCCUCAAACGGGUCAAAUAAGCUCAUAAAACAAAUGCUUGGUUCAGUUCCCUGGUAAUCAGUAUGCAAAUAUCAGAAGCAUUUACUCCUCACUAACAGUAACUGAAUGGGAUUCAACAUGUAUGGAUCUUUUUUGUGAGCUGAUCUGACAAAUGAUUUGGGAACAUUCCAUUGUUGCCCAUUACACCAUUAAGUUAUUAGUUUUUACUAAUAUUUAUACAGCUAUUACCAAAUAAUCCAUCUGGAACUGAUAUUAAAACCUGGGAUUUCUUUAUAAGUUCACUAAGAAAGAGUAAACUUUGAACCUUAUACCAUGAUCAAAAACUGUACAACACCUUGAAUGUGAAUCAUAUUUGCUGUUGAUCAAUAUGUUACUGUAGCAGGAUGUAAGUGACUGAAAUGUAAUGAAUUUAGAAAACAAGUGUGUGCUGUAGGUCAGGUGAUUCACCAUUCAGCACAGAAGGGAAUAUAAAUGUAGUUGUUUAAACUUUUGUAACACCAUGUAACAAAAAUUGUCCUUGGAUUAUACGUCCAAUGUAAGGUAUCUUUUUUGUUUUUCUCUAUUUACAAAAUAUGGGAGACGUAAAAAAUAUGGGUCUGACUGUUAUUACAUGUUUGCAAUAAUCACCUCGGCCACAGUGUCAAACUGAUGUCUUUUUGUCCUCUCAGCCUCAUACAUGUCAGAGUUGGCUGCCAGAAAACAAAACGCCUUAACACUUUGCCUUGCCUUGCCUUUGUACAUAAAAUAAAAUCCAACCUUGUGUGCCGA